AUGGUCAACUCUUGUGGCUCUGUCUGCUCUGAGCAGGGCUGUGGUGACUACUACCAGGAGGAGUCCUGCUGCCGCCCAGUCUGUCAGACCACCUGCUGCCGCCCAGUCUAUCAGACCAUCUGCCGCCCCAGCUGUGGCGUGUCCAGCUGCUGCCGCCCAGUCUGUCAGACCACCUGCCGCCCUAGCUGUGGUGUGUCCAGCUGUUGCCGCCCAGUCUGUCAGACUACCUGCGGUGUGUCCAGCUGCUGCCGCCCAGUCUGUCAGACCACCUGCCGCCCCAGCUGUGGUGUGUCCAGCUGCUGCCGCCCAGUCUGUCAGACCACCUGCCGCCCCAGCUGUGCUGUGUCCAGCUGCUGCCGUCCAGUCUGUCAGACCACCUGCCGCCCCAGCUGUGGUGUGUCCAGCUGCUGCCGUCCUGUCUGUCAGACCACCUGCCGUCCCGUCUGCUCUCAGACCACCUGCUGCCGUACAACUUGCUACCGCCCUAGCUGCUGA